AUGAAAGCUUUGUUUCGAUUCAAGUCUUUCUCACUUGAACCAACCCGAAGAAACCCACUUUUCUCUUUCUCAGCUUUCUCAAAGUCAUCGAAAUCCAAAACCCGCGAGACCCCAUCGAAGAUCCAAGCAGAAGCCACUACUCUCACCUCACUCUUUAACGAAAUUACUGAGAUUUUAGGAUCGGAUACUAUCGAAUCCGACGAAACCACGCAGCUCAGAUUUCCGGCGUCGGGAGAAACCCACGCGCCAGGAGCUAACUGUGGUGAUGGAAAAUCGGUCUCUUGCACACAAGAUGUUCGUGAAAAUGCUAAAAUGGUGUUUUCAGGUGUUGUUCAUGAAGAAGAAUUCGAUGUAAGCCCCUUGGUUCAUGAGAUUACGAGCGUCGUGAGAGCAGAUGACGAUAUUCUGGUUUCCAUGGAGGACAGGUUAGAGAAAUUGAGGUUUCCGUUUGAGCCAGAAAUCGUAGAGAAAGUACUAAAGAGGUGCUUCAAGGUUCCUCAUUUGGCUCUGAGGUUCUUCAAUUGGGUGAAGGACAAGGACGGUUUUUCACAUACAGUCGGAGUUUACAACACCAUGCUAAGCAUAGCUGGGGAAGCGAGUAGGGAUCUCGAUUUGGUAGACGAAUUGGUGAAAGAAAUGGAGAGGAACGCUUGUGAUAAGGAUAUUAGGACGUGGACUAUACUUAUCUCAGUGUACGGGAAAGCGAAAAAGAUUGGAAAAGGGCUGCUUGUUUUUGAGAAGAUGAGGAAAAGUGGAUUCGCGCCUGAUGCUGCGGCUUACAAUAUCAUGAUUAGGUCUCUCUGCAUUGCAGGCAGAGGUGAUCUUGCUCUUGAGUUCUAUAAGGAGAUGAUUGAAAAAGGUAUCACUUUUGGAUUGAGAACGUACAAGAUGUUACUGGAUUGCAUAGCGAGAUCGGAGAAAGUUGAUGUGGUCCAGUCUGUAGCAGAUGACAUGGUGAGGAUAUGUGAGGUUUCAGAGCAUGACGCUUUUGGUUAUCUGCUCAAGAGUUUUUGUAUUUCAGGGAAGAUAAGAGAAGCGUUGGAGCUGAUUCGUGAGUUGAAGAACAAGGAAGUGUGCCUCGACGGUAGAUAUUUUGAGAUUUUGGUUAAAGGACUUUGCAGAGCCAAUAGAAUUGUAGAUGCUCUAGAGAUUGUUGAGAUAAUGAAGAAGAGGAAACUGGAUGAGUCAAAUGUUCACGGAAUCAUUAUCAGCGGUUAUCUCAGGCAACAAAAUGUUUCUAAAGCACUUGAACAGCUCGAGGUUUUGAAAAAUUCAGGGCGUUCACCUAGAGUUACUACUUACACCGAGAUCAUGCAACAACUCUUCAAGAUGAAAGAGUUUGAAAAGGGUUGUAACUUAUUCAGAGAGAUGAUAGAGAAUGGGGUCGAGCCUGAUAGCGUCGCUAUCACAGCAGUGGUUGCUGGUUACUUGGGGCAAAACCGAGUAGCAGAGGCAUGGAAAGUGUUUAGAAGCAUGGAGGAAAAGGGCAUUAAAGCGACAUGGAAAUCUUAUUCGAUCUUUUUGAAGGAGCUCUGUAGAUCAGCAAAAUAUGAUGAGAUCUUGAAGCUGCUAAAUCAGAUGCUCGCCUCCAAGAUAGCUAUCAGGGAUGAUGUAUUUUCUUGGGUUAUCUCUUCUAUGGAGAGAAAUGGUGAAAAGGAGAAGAUUGAACAUAUCAAAGAAAUCCAGAAAAAAUGCAAAUCCUACCGUCAAGAACUAAACACAUCUUGCAAAACAGAAUCAAAGCAAGAAGAGGAGCUUGUUGAUGACUAUAAUCGUCCACAAGUGGUGCAGCACUCAGCUCUUCCACUAGCUUCAUCUGCCGUUGAUAAACACGACGUGCAAGAAAUCUGUCGCAUCUUAUCAUCCUCCCGAGAUUGGGAGAGAAUCCAAGAAGCUCUAGAGAAAUCGGCAGUCGAGUUCACACCGGAACUAGUUGUUGAGGUUCUUCGUAAUGGCAGGAUACAUGGGAACGCUGUUUUACGCUUCUUUUCAUGGGUGGGAAAGAGGAAUGGCUAUAAGCACAGUGCAGAGGCAUACAACAUGAGCAUCAAAGUCGCGGGAAGCGGGAAAGAUUUCAAGCAGAUGAGAAAUCUGUUUUACGAGAUGAGAAGACAAGGCUGCUUGAUAACACAGGAUACAUGGGCGAUCAUGAUAAUGCAGUAUGGUCGAACCGGUCUAACCAACAUUGCUAUCAGAACGUUCAAGGAAAUGAAAGAUAUGGGUCUAGUUCCGAGCGCUUCGACCUUCAAGUGUUUGAUCACAGUUCUUUGCGAGAAGAAAGGCAGGAACGUUGAAGAAGCCACUAGAACAUUCCGUGAGAUGAUUCGUUCUGGUUUUGUCCCAGAUAGAGAACUAGUCCAGGACUAUUUGGGAUGCUUAUGUGAAGUUGGUAACACAAAGGAGGCGAAGCAUUGUUUGGAUUCUCUCGGCAAGAAAGGUUUCCCAGUUCCUGUGGCCUACUCCAUUUACAUAAGAGCUCUCUGUCGAGUUGGGAAAGUAGAGGAAGCUCUGUCAGAAUUAGCCAGUUUUAAAGGAGAGAGAUCUUUACUAGACCAGUAUACUUACGGAAGCAUUGUCCAUGGUUUAUUGCACAAGGGAAAGUUACAAGAAGCAUUGGAUAAAGUGAGUUCCAUGAAGGAAAUGGGAAUAAAACCCGGUGUCCAUGUUUACACAUCUCUGAUUGUUCACUUCUUCAAGGAGAAACAGAUUGAGAAGGCUUUAGAGAUAUUUCAGAAAAUGGAAGAAGAAAGCUGCGAGCCUUCUGUUGUGACGUACACGGCAAUGAUAUGCGGGUACAUGAGCCUGGGAAAAGCAGAAGAGGCUUGGAAAGCAUUUCGCAAUAUGCAAGAGAAGGGAACUUUGCCAGAUUUCAAAACAUACAGCAAGUUCAUAAACUGUUUGUGCCAAGCAGGUAAAUCUGAAGAUGCCCUGAGUCUUCUGUCUGAGAUGCUGGAUAAGGGUAUUGCUCCAAGCACUGUCAAUUACCGAACAGUUUUCUACGGGUUAAACAGAGAAGGCAAGCAAGAUAUUGCUCGGACUGUUUUACAGAAGAAGUCGGCUUUAGCAGAACAGCGAAAGGUAUCUACAUGA